CUCAGUCGCUGACGAUUUUCAGUCCGCUAGCGAACGUUGUUGCGAUCACAACGUCUCAGUUGCUCGCUGCUCAGAGAUUCGAUUCUCCGUUCUUGAUUCUCAAUUCUCCAAGCUCCAAGAUUCUUCGCCGGCGCGCGUGCGUGUGUAUGUGCUGUGUGCGUGUGUGUGUGCUGGAGGACGUGUCAGUGUGUUAGUGCUGGCCCGUUGCUAAAAUUAUUAUUUUUUUUCCAAACGAACGUUGUUUUUUUUACUGUGCCUUCGAAACUGGUUGCUGCUCUUUUAACUGUGUAUUUGUGCAGCAGCAGUAGCAGCAGUUCAAGAAGAAGCAGCAGCAGAAGAAUCUAGCUGCGGAAGGAGAAGAAGAAGCAGAAGAAGAAGAUCACAAAUCGACGAGGAAUAGUGGUUUUUCGUGGAUUUUCGGUGGAUAAAUCUCGAAAUACAACCGAAAUAUAGGCGAUUUCGAAACAGUUCCGGAAUAAAACCACACAAAAUGCCCUGCUCGGCCGUAACCCUAUCUAUAGCGACGAUCUGUGCGAUCAUCGCCACCGCCCUGCUGGCGAUCGCCUUCUCCACGGAUAAUUGGCUGCACUACGAUGUCUGGCGCAACCAGAUACAGUCCUUUGCCGCCAAGCAUUCGGAUGCGGAGUCACUCCUACACAACAUGAAUGUGAAGUACUAUUACUACACGCGGACACGAGGAUUGUUCAGGAUUUGCUAUCCCAAGGAGCGGCCACCGGCGUCGGCGGUGCCAACCUAUUUGUCACCGAUCGAGACGCACUGCUCGAACAUCGACUACUUCCCGCAGGCGGAGGACGAGAAGAUCGCCAAUGAGGACGCCACCUCGCGCCUCCACUUGGCCCGCUCCUGCAUCGCCCUGUUCAUCAUCAGCUUCGUGACCAUCUUCUGUGCCUUCUGGACCGGCCUCUCCGGCUGCUGGAAACGCUCCUCGGGCGCCAUCACGGCCACCUCGAUCCUGCUGCUAGUCACCUGUCUUCUGGCUGCCGGCGCCAUGGGCCUCUGGCACACCGUCGAGUUCUUUGAGAAGGAGAAGGUCGUUGGCGAGGACUACUUCCAGCAGUGGAACACGGUCCUGCGCGACAACACGAAGAUCGCCUACGACUGGUCGUACAUCGUGGCCUGGGCAGGAAUCGGAACCUGUCUCCUGGCAGCCAUCCUGCUCUCUGGAGCGGCCGUUUGUCUGCGCAAUGAGCGGGAGAAGGAGGAGCAGCUGAACCUGCAGUACCUGAUGCCAGUUUACUCGCAGAAGCAGCCACCCUAUCCGCCCUACCCCAACUACGCCCAGCCGCAGAUCUACCCAGGACCCUAUUAUCAUGGCUCGCAGUACGGCCCCUACAACUACUAAGGAAAGCCGAGGAAAACCAGCUUCAAUCGAGAAAAACUCUUCGAGCAAUAUCAGCAUAGAAAUCACAAAUGACCAGGGAGGAAGCCUGGUUCUCCAACACAACCCCCCUCCCCAGUAAUCAACAAAACUUGGCGAUCAAAUAACGAAAUCUUCAAUUUCAUACACAUUCUGACAAUGACAAUAAUAUAAAGCAUCAUUUUUUUUUGACAAGAAUUUAGUUUGUAGUCUAUAUAGAGCUAUAUAAAUAUGCUUGUAUGUAUAACUGAUCGGUGGGACUUGAGUCAAAGUUGCGUCCAAGUUUUUGGUGCGCGAAUUGUUUGCGCGUAAUUUUGCGUAAUAUCUUACAAAGACGGAUCGAUGGAUGGAUGGAACUAUAUAUAAACAUAUAUAUGACCACGGCGAAAAGGCGAGAAAAGACGGAACAAUAAAGAGUUAAUUUAUUGUAGCACGUAACGUACAUGUAGCGUAUCUAAAAUAAUAAUAAAAAAUAUGUAUGUAUCUAAGCUAAAAGUUUCAUUGUACAAUGUAUAUGAAUGUAAUAAUGCGCGACAAGCUUCAAAUUGUCUUCCAAGUAUAGUGCAUAUUGUAUGUAGAGCUGUACGUUUAAUGAAUAAAAGUUUCUUACGUUAAA